CUCGGCGCUGCCUGUAACCUGCUACCUGGGGCCCGCCGUGACGCACGGCCGUGGUGGGGAUCGCCGCGGUGCUGGUCUUCGUGGUCCUGGGGACCAAGAGGAACAACAGGUACCAGUUCAGUCUGAUGACGAUGAGGGAUAAGAGGAUGAAGGCCAUGAAUGAGAUGCUGAAUUAUAUGAGGGUGAUCAAGUUCCAGGCGUGGGAGGAUCAUUUUGAUCGGAGGAUCAAGGGGUUUAGAGAGCAGGAGUUUGGCUGGCUCACCAGAUUCAUGUACUCCAUCUCCGGCAACAUAAUCGUCCUCUGGAGCGCCCCCGUAAUGAUUUCCACCCUCGUCUUCGGCACCUCCGUCCUCCUCGGCGUCCGCCUCGACGCCGGCCUCGUCUUCACUGCCACAUCCUUCUUCAAGAUCCUCCAAGAGCCGCUCCGCAACUUCCCUCAAGCUCUUAUCUCCGUCUCCCAAGCCAUGAUCUCCUUAGAACGGCUCGACAGUUACAUGACCAGCGGCGAGCUGGAGGAUGACGCCGUGCAAUGGGCUGAGCAUUGUGGCGAUGAUGAAGUUGCAAUUGAGGUUAAGGAUGGAGCUUUUGGGUGGGAGGAUGACGAGGACGGGAACGGGGGAGAGGAGAAUGGUAAUAAGGCUUGGUUGAAGGAUGUGAAUCUUGAGAUCAAGAAGGGGACACUGGCGGCGGUGGUUGGGACUGUUGGGUCGGGGAAGUCGUCAUUGUUGUCGUGCUUGCUUGGUGAGAUGCACAAGAUUUCCGGCGAGGCCAGGGUUUGUGGAACCACUGCUUACGUGGCACAAACAUCAUGGAUUCAAAAUGGUACCAUUCAAGAAAACAUCCUGUUUGGACUUCCCAUGGAUCGUGAGAAAUACAAUGAGGUUAUCCGUGUGUGUUGCUUGGAGAAAGACAUGGAAAUUAUGGAGUUUGGUGACCAGACUGAGAUUGGAGAAAGAGGUAUCAAUCUCAGUGGUGGCCAAAAGCAGCGCAUACAGCUCGCAAGGGCUGUGUAUCAAGAUUGUGAUAUCUACCUUCUUGAUGAUGUCUUCAGUGCUGUUGAUGCUCACACUGGCUCUGAAAUCUUCAAGGAAUGUGUGAGGGGUGCACUCAGAGAGAAGACAGUUGUACUUGUAACCCACCAGGUUGACUUCUUGCAUAACGCUGAUCUCAUCUUGGUAAUGAGAGAUGGGCAGAUUGUGCAAUCUGGAAAGUACAAUGAGUUACUUGGUUCCGGUACAGACUUUGCAGCACUUGUUGCUGCUCAUGACAGUUCCAUGGAGCUCGUAGAACAAGGUUCACACCCUCAAGAACCCAGCAUUCCACUCUCUAAACCAUCGGAUCAACCCAUUGCAAAUUACUCACCAUCUAGUAAGGACGAAGGAUCCACAAACUCCGGCAAGUCUGAAAAAGGCUCAUCAAAGCUCAUAAAGGAGGAAGAAAGAGAGACCGGUCAUGUCAGCUGGAAGGUGUACAAGAUGUACAUAACUGAGGCUUGGGGAUGGUGGGGAGUCAUAGCGGUCGUCGCUGUUGCAAUCGCGUGGCAGGGUUCACUUAUGGCCAGUGAUUAUUGGUUGGCUUAUGAAACUUCUGAAGAUACCACUUUCAACCCCUCUUUAUUUAUUAAAGUCUAUGCCAUUAUAGCUGCAGUUUCAAUCGUACUUGUGACCACAAGGUCCAUUCUUGUGGUAUUCUUGGGGCUAAAAACUGCUCAAAGCUUUUUCAAACAGAUUCUCAACAGUCUCUUGCAUGCGCCAAUGUCUUUCUUUGAUACUACACCUUCUGGAAGAAUUCUUAGUCGGGCAUCAUCAGAUCAGACGAAUGUUGAUCUUUUUCUUCCCUUCUUUGUGGCAUUAACCGUUUCGAUGUAUAUCACAGUGCUUAGCAUUAUCAUCGUUACCUGUCAGGUUGCAUGGCCAUCUAUCAUAGCCAUAAUUCCAUUGGCAUGGCUGAACAUCUGGUAUAGGGGUUACUACCUUUCAACGUCGCGGGAGCUAACUCGUCUUGAAUCUAUAACUAAAGCGCCUGUUAUCCAUCACUUCUCAGAAACAAUUCUUGGUGUCAUGACAAUCAGAUGCUUCAGAAAAGAGCAAAGAUUCUCUGAAGAAAAUGUAAAGAGGGUUAAUGCAAGCUUAACCAUGGAUUUCCACAACAACGGUGCAAAUGAAUGGCUUGGAUUUCGGCUAGAGUUAAUUGGGGCUUUCGUCCUCUGCAUCUCUGCUUUGUUAAUGGUCAUGCUGCCCAGUAAUUUUAUUAAGCCAGAGCUUGUCGGUCUGUCUCUUUCCUAUGGCCUCUCCCUCAACUCCGUAUUGUUCUUUGCGGUGUGGAUGAGUUGCUUUGUAGAGAAUAGGAUGGUCUCAGCUGAAAGGAUAAAACAAUUCACUAACAUUCCAACAGAAGCUGCAUGGGAGAUCAAAGACUGUUUGCCUUCACCAAAUUGGCCCACUCAUGGAAAUAUUGAUGUGCAAGAUCUUAAGGUCAGAUACCGACCAAAUACUCCCCUAGUUCUCAAUGGCAUUACAAUUAGCAUCAAAGGAGGUGAAAAGAUAGGAAUAGUUGGUCGAACUGGAAGCGGCAAAUCAACAUUGAUACAGGUGUUAUUCAGAAUUGUAGAACCUUCCGCAGGGAAGAUAAUUAUUGAUGGAGUAGACAUUUGUACCUUGGGGCUUCACGAUCUAAGGUCGCGCUUUGGCAUUAUACCUCAAGAGCCUGUUCUCUUUGAAGGAACGGUCAGAAGCAAUAUUGAUCCAACCGGACAGUAUUCAGAUGAUGAAAUAUGGAUGGGCUUGGAACGUUGCCAGCUUAAAGAUGCAGUUGCUUCAAAACCUGAAAAGCUCGACGCUCUGGUGGUUGAUAAUGGCGAAAAUUGGAGCGUGGGACAAAGGCAGCUACUGUGUUUGGGCCGGGUGAUGCUGAAGCGUAGCAGAAUUUUAUUCAUGGAUGAAGCGACUGCUUCAGUGGAUUCACAGACCGACGGAAUCAUUCAAAGAAUCAUCCGAGAAGACUUCUCGGCCUGUACAAUUAUCAGCAUUGCUCAUAGGAUACCCACCGUUAUGGAUUGUGAUAGAGUUUUGGUCAUCGAUGCAGGAACGGCUAAAGAAUUCGAUAAACCAUCCAACUUGAUUGAAAGGCCGUCGCUAUUUGGAGCAUUGGUUCAAGAAUACGCUAAUCGAUCAGCUGAUCUUUAAGCGAUUAAUUCUCAUGGAGAAGGCUUGAGAUUUUGGUGGUCUGAGAUGCCUGUAUCCGUCAACAAGCAGACUUAGCUGUAUUUACUUCCGCAGAAGCUUGAGAUUGAUGGAGCUACAAAUGAAAGUUUAAUUUUAUGGUUUCCACCAAAAGCGUUCAUCGCAAUAAACAUGAAGGAUGCGCUCUAGAGGGCUAGUUCAUUGAAUAGACGCGCGCAGUAGAAUACUGCAGAGUGUAAAUGUACACUUCUUGAUUUUUGAGAGGAAGAGUUCCUCAGUAAUUUCACGAACAGCAGUAAUUGUUAAAGAAAUAUUUACUAGUUCAAAUUUUGUUAUCAAGUAAACGUGUUCUUUUUUUA